AUGUCGUCCGUCGACGGUGAUAGCAGCUCGGUCAUAGUCGUUGCCCCUCAGCACUGCGCGUUCUCCCCCCUCACGCACCCGACCGCAAACCAGCACCUCCCGCUCAGCCGUCGAAAGAGCAUGGCCUCUGAUCAGGUUGAUCCUGCGCCGCACGCCUGCCGCGAGUGCAAUGCGCGCUUCACGCGUCUUGAGCACCUCCAACGCCAUAUUACCUCCCUCCAUCGCGGCCACAGCCCCAAACCGCACCCCUGCCAGUACUGCGGCAAACGGUUUGCGCGACGCGACGUGCUCCUGCGCCACCACCAGUCGUGCCGAGCCGCCAAGCAGAGCCCAAAUGGUCCUGAGGAUAGAACCAAAACCACGAAGCGUACUUGCGAAACAUGCAGCGAGCUGAAACUCAAAUGCAGUGGCGGUCCCCGGUGCGAAAGAUGCUCCGGGAUGGGGGUUGAAUGUGUUUUCGAAGCCCCCCCUCGCCGUCAAUCUACCGCCGGCAGCACCAAGAAUGCAGCGCCGUGGCCUUCACCUGAUACGGACCCUCUCGUGCUAAGCAAUGACCAAAGCGUGGAUCGCCGGCUAUCGGCUGUUUCUUCCGGCAUCUUCUGCGAACCCAGUCACAUAGAUCCAACACUCACCCAAAACGCCUCCAACUCCUUCUUCCCUAGCCAAUCAGACCAGGACGCUGCGGGAAUCCUCACACAGUUCACUCAGAAUCACGAUGAGCAGCUGAGGUGGGAGGGAUGGCGGACCCAAGAUCAAGAUGGCCAGGCCCCGCAGAGGACGCUUUCCGUCAUUUCUAUUACUGAAGAGCCAUCCCCAAAAGCACGGAAACCAGCGAAUAAACGGGGGAGAUACGUGUCGAAUGCAUGCCUCGACGCUGCAAGGCCACAGACCAACGGUGCAACAUUGCCAGACGAAGCGGCGAACCUCUCUGAGAAGGUACUACAGAUGAUGGCCCGCAUCACCAGUCUAGAACGAGACCGAAACAUGCUCAAGACCCACCUUUCCAUCAACAACGACCAACAGUCGCCAUCGCAAGAGAACGAUUCCAGCUCCCCGAGCGGAUCCACGACGAGUGCCACCAGCAUACCCGAAAGCGAGCAGUUUCACGGCGCAACAUGUCUCUUCACCCCGAUCGAGGUCUUGAAUCGCGUUGUUGCAUGCCAUGACGAAGAGCAACACGGCGAGCCUACUCCUGAUAAUAAGGAUACCGAAAACGUAAAAUCAGUCUACUGGACGAAUCUAUCGCCCGGAGGCAACAAGACCAUCGAAGCUUUCGAAAAGGAGACCCGACUCGGCGAUGUUGCAUCAUUACGACACUAUAUCGACAUCUACUUUUCCUAUAUGAACCCACAUUACCCGAGCUUGAAUGAGAACCAGUUUCGUGCCGACUUUGACCGCUUCCUUUCAAACCACACCUCUGAAAUUGAAACCGCCGAUUUGCCUCAAUUCAUUGCGCUCAUCAACUUGAUGCAUGCCGAGGUCAAGUUGCUGAGCGACGACUGGUCAGACUCCAGUUUGGUGCCAGCUUGGGACGAGUUUUGCAGGGCAGAGAGCAUAUUGAACAGACUCACGUGGCUCGGUAACGGCAACAUGCUCACCAUCCAAUGCCUUUUGAUCAAAGCUCGAUAUCUCCUUUAUAUCGAGAAAUCCGAUGGAGCCUACGACACUAUGGCAAAGGUCGUCCGAUUGUGCUUUCAAGUAGGUCUUCAUGACCAGAAUUCCUGGAAAGAUUGCACUCCCUUCGAGACUGUCAUGCGACAAAGAAUCUUUUGGACGAUUUACUACUUGGAACGAAACAUUGCGUUCAACAAUGGGUCGCCAUACUUGAUCCGAGACACUGACUUCAGAGUUGAUCUUCCAAAGGGCUACGAAGACAAAUUCAUGUUCCCUGAUAGGCCGCUGCCCGAAGAGAACCCAGAGCGCUCAUCUGGUCCAUACCUGUGUUCUGCUAUCAAGUGGGGCAAAAUGUGUGCUGAGAUCUGGGACUCGGUAUUUGCGACGAGUGCACCGAAGCCUGCCAGCCAAGAGUUCAUUGCAUCGAUGGAUGCACGUGUUCAGUAUGCGAUCAGCCAAAUACCGCCUCACCUGCAGUAUUUGAAAAACCUUGAGCGACUUGACACACCGGGGAGCGUUCCAUCAUAUGUCCUCCGGCAAACCGUCAUAUUGCACCUUCGGAUGAAUCAACUUAGAUUGAUACUUCGGCAAGAGAGUAUUCUCAGCUUAACUUACAGCGAGAAGACGGCUGAUGAAGUCGUUUCCAUCGCAGCGACCACCAUCGACGCAUUAUACGCGUACCACUCGCGCGGCCUCGACAGGCCUACCGGACGCUUUUCUUCGGUAUUCUACUCCGUUGCUCCUCUGCUCAAUCUUGUUUGCAUCAUUGUAAAAGCAGACAAUCCACCAGAGACUCGCACCAAGGCAAUCGAAUCAUUCAAAAAGGGCUUAAGCACUUUCAACGACAUGUCAUCCAACUUCACUCUCGCUCGUCAUACACUGCGACGACUAUACCGGAUUAUCGAGACUGCAAAGCGCGCGAUACUCAAAUUUCACGGCGCUGAACUACUGGAUACAACCCCAAAGGAGUUGCAGUUCGACACCAUUAUGCCCCACAUUUCCGACUUCUUCAAUCAAAACACGAUGGACGGGGACGACGACAUGCUUAACCAGCUGAUCAAUGGUUUCUCCACGACCAAUGAGCCCAGUAUGGUACGAGGUACCGGAGGUGAAGAAAUUGAUGGAUUCUGGGUCGACGAUGAAUUGCGGCGUCUCUUCGAUGUUGGCGGGCUUCAACAGUGAUCUCCAUGUGCUCUCUAGUAAUUUAAUUCAAUUCACAAUGUCAAUAUCACUUAUAGUCGAUGUCACGUUCUUCAAGUUCAUUCUUCCAGUCAUGUUCAGCGUUGUUCCUACUGGUUAGACCCACCGAUCAAUUUUCCCGCGUUCGGGUGGCGUUUUCGGAAAUGUCCCGGAACUUUUGCAGCGCUCUUUCUUGGACAGGCAUGCUUCGAGAGCUCCCCGCUGCCCCUCAUCCUUCACCAUAUCAACGGCUGGCACGGCAGGUGUGGGGUAGCUUUAGCACAGUCACUUGGUGGGAUCUUCGAAGGCCGGGUGCUUUGGCACUUGCUCAUUGCCGUUGAGCAUGUAAAUGUAAAUGUUACCCUUUCCGGGCACAACGUCCGCUUUUCUUAU